AUGAAAACAUACAUAUUUCUGUUAGCUGUGAUAUCUGUUUCGUUCCAAAAAUUGAUUGCUGAAAAUCAGUGUGUUUGCGAGGAACUUGGAUAGGCUGAUUGCGCAUUAUCAGGAUGUGUUUGGUCAGAUUCUUGUAAUUCUAAAUCAGCUGAUUGUGCAACAUAUACAAGUUAGGCUGCAUGUGAUGAAGUAACAGAAUGCGCAUGGACUAAUGAUGGUAUAUGCGCUACUUUUACAAAAUGUGAAGAUUAUGCUGUCACAGAUCCUACUUAAUGUGUUUCAAAGGAUCUUAGCUGUACUAUAUCACCUUCCACAACUGGUUAAUACCAAUGUAAAUCUAUGCCAAAAUGUUCAGAAUAAACUGAUUAAGCUAUGUGUAAAGCAUUAUAUAUUUGUAAAUGGGAUAAUGGUGGGUGUUAAGUAAAGGGUUGUGCUGAUAAUUAACUUUCUGGUACUUGUUUUUUUGUCUUUGAAGAUGGUUUUACAGGUUUUAGAAUAUGUAAAAAGGAUGAAGCUACUUCUGCUUGUUCUGAUGCUGAUGAGGCUUAUAUUUAAACUUUAAAUGCAUAAAAUUGCUUUAUUUCGACAUCAGGAACUUAUUAUUGGAAUGGAUCUAGCUGUUCGGUAUGUUCAGGAUCAAGCAGCAAUUCAUACAUUUUAGCUUUCAUUGGAUUCAUAGUAAUGGUUAUGUUCUAAUUUAAUAUUCAUAUCUAUUAAAUUAUCGAUUCAUAAUUUUUAAUUAAAAUUUAAUAAAUUUAAACAAUACUAUCUAAAUUUAAAAAUUGCUUCUGA